AUGGACAAGAAUGUGCCAACUAACUGUCUGAAAGGCAGAUGGGAUCUACCAUGGAUGACACCAGAAAUAAAACGCCUAAUGAGACGCAGAAAACGGAGAUACGCAACAUACAAGAAAUUCAAGACACAGAAGAACUGGACCAAGUACACAACACUUCAUACACAAAUCAAGCAGAAGCUCAAUGAGUCACACACCAACUACAUCAAUGGCAUGUUUGAGAAUGAGGAGAGUGCUCCAAAAGACUGUGGAACACCUGUCCUACGGAUUGUAUACCAGCAGUCACUUGAUACAGGUGACAUACCAGAUGACUGGAAACAGGCCAAUGUAACAGCAGUCUUCAAGAAGGGUGAUAGAAGCCAGCCGUCAAAUUGCAGACCUGUCUCCUUAACCAGUAUUGCAUGUAAAGUACUGGAGCAUAUCAUCGCUAGUAACAUCAGAGCUCAUCUUGACCACCAUCACAUAUUAAAUGACUUCCAACAUGGAUUUCGUAAACAUCACAGUUGUGAAACCCAACUACUAACGACCUUGGACGACCUAACUGGUGCCAUUGAUCAGAAACAACAGAUCGACUGCCUUAUCCUAGACUUCUCCAAAGCAUUUGAUGUUCUGGCCCAUGGGAGACUUCUAUAUAAGUUGGGAUGGUAUGGCAUCAAUGGUCCUACCAAUAAAUGGAUUGGAAGCUGGCUGACAAAUCGUACUCAAGCUGUAGUUGUGGACGGUGAGAGAUCUUGCCAAGUGCUCCUUGCUCCGCAUCACCAAGCGACGCAACAGAAUCAACUCAACCUAUGA